AUGUGUCAUGCAGAUUGUCCAAAGGGCUACACAAAGUUUCGAGGAAUCUGCUACAAGGCGUUCAACCACACCACAGCCGACUGGCGUUCGGGCCUCUACUGUUUGUGGGACGCCGGCGGCACCCUCGCCAUGCCCCGCGAUCGGGAGAUCAACGACCUGCUGGUCAGCCUGAAGAAUUCGGUGGACCGCACUGCUCGGUUUCGGUUCGGCCUGCACGAUAGGCUAUUGGAGAACAACUGGCGUUGGGUUGACGGCAGAGGACUGGGCACUGGUGAGUUCAGUGACUGGGGACCGGGUGAGCCUAAUGACUUCGACGGUAAUGAAGACUGUGGCGAGUAUUUCGAAGCACUGAAAGGGAACUGGUGGAACGACGCACCAUGCGAGCUCAGACGGAAAUUCAUCUGCGAAGUUAGGCCCUAG